GCUCCAGGGAGCUGGUUCUGCCCGGCCCGGAACCGCCGGCGGCGGCACCUGGUUUCCGCGGGGACCCACUUCCCGGACGGACCCGACCCUCCCACUCCCCGGGCGCAGCCACCCGCGGGACGCGGCCCGGCAGCAUCGAAUCUGAUCAAGAAAUGCAGGCAGAAUGUUGGCCGCCUGGAUAUUUUGCCAUGUGAAUUUGCCCAUGCGAUGUCUUGUUCACGGUGUACACCGCUGGAGGUGGCCUGCCUGUGGAUGGAGGAAUGUUGGACAUUUCAGAAGAGGCCUGCACACCACAAGAACACCGUGCAGUGGUAGGGUUACCCCCGUCUUCACCAGAGCUUUGGCUUUUGGUGAUAAAAUUGCUAUCAUUGAUCAAAAUGGAGAGCACACGUACAGGGACCUUUACACUCAAAGUGUCCACUUGUCUCAGCAAAUCUGUGAAGUGCUCAGAUGUUCCAGUGGGGACCUAAAGGAGGAGCGGAUCUCGUUUUUAUGCCCAAAUGAUGCCUCAUAUGUGAUUGCCCAGUGGGCUUCCUGGAUGAGUGGAGGCAUAGCUGUUCCCCUGUAUAAGAAACACCCAGUGCAGGAACUAGAGUAUUUCAUCCAAGACUCCCAGAGUAGUCUAGUCAUUGCCACAGAAGAGUAUGUGAAGCACAUAACCCCUAGUGCUGAGAAACUGGGAAUACCCGUUCUGCCACUUGUUAACUCUGGUAGCGAUGGAUGUAUAAAUGAUAAGACUGUGGAAGCGUUCCCCUUUGCAAUUGACUGUCCUGAGUGGAAAGAUAGAGGAGCGAUGAUAAUCUACACCAGUGGGACUACAGGAAGACCAAAAGGUGUCCUUAGUACCCAUCAGAAUGUGCAAGCUGUGGUAACAGGGCUGGUUGACAAAUGGGAGUGGACGAAGGAAGAUGUUAUCUUGCAUGUGCUGCCUUUACACCAUGUCCACGGAGUGAUCAAUAAGCUGCUAUGCCCUCUUUGGGUGGGAGCUACGUGCAUCAUGUUGUCCGAGUUCAGCCCUCAGAAGGUUUGGGAGAAGUUCUUAAGCCCUAGAGCUCCACGGAUCAGUGUCUUCAUGGCGGUCCCCACUAUUUACUCCAGGCUGAUGGAGCAUUAUGACAAGCAUUUCUCUCAGCCCCAUGUCCAGGAUUUUGUACGUGCCACAUGCCAGGAUAAUUUCAGGUUAAUGGUUUCAGGAUCAGCAGCCCUUCCUGUGCCAGUCCUGGAGAGUUGGAAGAACAUCACAGGACACGUGCUGCUGGAGAGGUACGGGAUGACAGAGAUCGGAAUGGCACUUUCUAACCCCUUGCACGGAGUUCGUGUCCCAGGAUCUGUGGGGACCCCGCUGCCAGGGGUGGAAGUGCGCAUUGCCACGGAGAGCUUGGGCAGGGAAGGUCCUUUCUACACUAUCCACGCUCAAGGAGAUGAACGUGACACAAAGGUGACCCCCGGCUUAGAUGGCAAAGAAGGUGAGCUUUUCAUUAAGGGGCCUACAGUAUUUCGAGAAUACUGGAAUAGACCUGAAGAAACAAAAGAAGCUUUCACACCCGAUGGCUGGUUCAAAACAGGAGACACAGCGGUGUACAAGGAGGGCACGUACUGGAUCAAGGGCCGCACCUCUGUGGACAUCAUCAAAAGCGGAGGCUAUAAAAUUAGCGCCCUAGAAGUCGAGCGCCAUCUGCUAGCACACCCUAGUAUUGCAGAUGUGGCUGUGAUAGGACCUCCAGACAUGACUUGGGGCCAGCGGGUCAGUGCUGUGGUGAAAUUGCAGGAGGGUGAGAUGCUGUCUCUCAAAGACCUGAGGGACUGGGCAAGGCGACACAUGUCCCUCUUCAGAGUGAUUCAUUUUGCAGCUUUCGCCUCCAAUCUCGUUUCCUGGUGACAGGCGCCAUCCUGAGUUAGAGCCGUCCAUAUGGUAGGAUGUGUUGAUCGUUGGGUUUGGAGGGGGGAGGAAGGAUGACGGUUGAAGAGCUCAGUGGACUUGGCAUGUUGCAUUAGAAUCAGUGCCAGGGAGCUGCCUGUCGGAGCUGGGUAUGGCCCAAGGUUGGUGACAUGCAGGCAGCAGAAGGCGGGAGACAAGCCCCCUGCUCUUCAAAGGCCAAAGAACUUGGUUCCUGAGCUAGUUCCGUGCUGAAACUCCCUCCUGUGAAAGAGAGAAGGAACAUGGGCCUGCGUGUGUAAGAGCGUACACGUCUGUGUGUGAGAGGCACACAGGUGAGCCUGGGCAGAGUUAGCGUUUGGGCAUAGCUGGCUGGCCUGCGAGCUCAUCUGUAACGUUCUAGGCAAAGCGACUAGUAACGAGGAGACCCACUCAGAACUGUGUAAUUUGCAUGCUUUUGCUUCCUUAAUGAUAUUACUCUGCAUUUAUCAUUUGUUUUCCCUGCCACUGCUAAUCGUUAAGGAUUGAUUAGUAUCCAUUCGGAGCUAUCCAUUCUGCUCACUGAAGGCAGUUCAUCCUCCCCUCUCUGGGGGCAUGCUCAGAGGUUUGUGGUGCGUUUUUUAACCAACCAGUGUGCACAGACAAUGAGGGUGUGAAGGGACUGGGGAGCCCAGUAGGACUGUGAUUGUCUCAUCUGUCCCCAGCCAACAUCUGGUUUGGGUCGUAAGUGACGUGAGUCUCACUCUACAUGGUAGAGGGGAUGUCCCCAGCUGAAAGUGAAUCCAUGGCUGUCACUCCAGCAAACUCGUGAAGGGCCAGCUGCUGCAGAGGCAUCUCACUCAAACACCCUACCCCUCUCCCGGUGCUUUUGGCACUGUUAUCCUCACUGCUCCCCCAUCUCCUUGGGUCUGCACAGACACUACCGGGAGGGACCUGAUUUCCAGUUCCCUGUGCUAGGAAGAGGCUCUUACUGCCCAUGCGUCAAAUUCCCCCUGCAAACCCACGUCUUUUGUCAAGCCCCAGGUGUGGAACUCCUUCCCUGAGGGUCUCUCUACAGCGCUUCCCUGGGCUUGUGUGUGUCUGAGUUAGGCAGGACCUUCCUGGAGCUGGCACACCAGUAACGUCACACUCCUGUGAUUGUGACAUCAUGGCCAGCCCCACAGUGGAAUGAAUUGGUUUGCUGACUCCAGAUCCCUUAUGGAAAUCGCAGUGAUGAGGCAGCAAUGUUGGUGAAUCCUUAGGAAGUGGCGAGUCGUGGGUCCAGGGAGGGCAGAUGUCACACGUUAACGGGAGGCUGCCUGUCCCAUGGUCUUCCUGAAAUGACCCUCCUCUGAGCGGGAUUUCACAGAUGCGUCCAUCACACUCAGAUCAGCUGAACCUUCCACGCCACGAUCUUGCUGUGUUGCCAGGACCCUUUGUUUCCUCUGUGAGCCUUGCCAGAGCCCUGCCCUGUCCCCCCGUAAUGGCCCCGUUACAGGGUGUCUCUGGUGUGCUUCGCUGGGUAGCUAGUUGUGGACAGAGCUGCUUGGUCCUGCUGGACUAAGAGGAUCGUGUGUAUCCCCCAGUAGUGCAGUCAGUUAAGGCCGGGACUGGGAUUUCUCAGCUGCGUUCUAUUGCUGGCUGUAGAACUUGAGUCAUCUGCCAGAGCUGGGUUAACCCUUCCCAUUCCCGGAAAGGCAGGCCUCGCUCUGUGUGUGUGCAUUAGGUGUAGGCAUAGAUUCAGAGACCUCUUCCCUUUCUGCUUUGUUGGAUGUUCUUA